UCAUUCGAUGUGACGUCUGUGUAGCGGACAUGUGGUGUGUAUCUUUUCGGAGGAAUUAAUUGGAUGUGAUUAAAAAAUGACUGACAACAUUAUUGGAGACUGGUUGAAGUCAAUCAGCUUGGAAAUAUAUACAGAGGCAUUCAUUGACAAUGGUUAUGACGAGCUUGAAGUAUGCAAACAAAUCGGGAAACCUGAUUUGGAUGCAAUUGGGGUAACAAAUGAAGUUCACCGUCAAAUAAUUCUUCAGGCUGUGACCAAAAUCAAAGAGGAGGGGGCGACCUCUGUGUACUUUACUCUAGAGACCUCAGAUGUAGCUGUCAUUGAACCAAAUCUUUCUGAGAAGCAGGGACCCCCAAACCGACGGAACUCUACCAAUGUUGAGGCGCAGAGAACCGCCUCCAGGAUGUCUUGUGUGGGAGGGGGCGGACCGGAGGAGAUGGUGACAAUUUACCCCCGGGCACAGCUGAGAAUGAUUGUUAGGGAUAAAUUAGUACAGGAUAAUAUAGACUUAUUGAGUCCACCAUACACUCGCAGAGACUGGACGGCGUGCCACUCUAGUAUGAUGACCUUGGCUGCUAAGUACGCCAUACAGUUGAGGACGCGUUCGUCUGACGUCGUCGAGAGAUUAGAAGAACUAAGACAAUGGGUGCUACAGAAGGACCUUCAGUCACACUACACUACGGUUCCCAUCUCACCUGUGUCUUGUUCAUCUGGGACCUCAAGUCCAGGGUGUCCAAAUUUCCCCUCCCCUCACACACCCCUGCAGGCCAGCAUACCCCCAGCUCUCCCUGACUGUCCCCCUCCUGCUACGAGUCAUUUAGAUGGUGACCGACUGGGAAAACUCCACACCUUUCAUUCCAGGCAAGACACCAAUUUGUACCAGUCUAACUACAUGACUGUUGGUUCUGGUUUUUGUUGUAUACCAAUAACAUCAAGUAGAGAUGGGCAAGAGGGAGACAAGAUAAAGAAAACUUCAUCUCUGGGGAGAUUUUUUAGGAAUAUGGGCAUCAGGCGAUCAGGGAAGAAAAACCAGUAUAAACCUCAUGAUGGAGAUUUAUGUGCUACAGAUAUGACCAUGAGUGAUGAAGACAGGAAGGCAUUGAUGAUCAUGGUUAAAGAUGGAACUUUGACAACAGAACAGGCCAUGGCCAUGGUAAAACAGUACGAAGAGGAGAGGCGCCGGGAAUGGCAACAACAACAGGGAAACCAUAAAGGGGCCCAGAAGAAGAAAAAGCAAGGAGGCAAACCUGUUAAAUCACCCUCGGCAACUUACCAUGACAUUACAACUAGAUGUCAGGUGUGUCAGCGAUUUCUGUCAAAUGAUCCGACGAAAUCCUCUCCGAACUUCUGCAAUGAUCCUAGUCACCGUUUCGAGUGUUACCAACACCGUCGCGUCCACAGUGUCAGUCAUAUUGAGUUCACUCCCUCUACAAAAUCACCAGAGGCGGCUCGUGCCAUGUCCUGUACCCCAACUCGUGGGUUCUACGGCCCGUCGGAAGUUCACUCACCUGUGACAUUUUACUCACCUGGUCACCCACGUCUGUAUUCGCCAGUCUUUCCUCAUGAUGGCAAAAUGUAUCAUACAGGCAGUCUCUGUUAUGGUCAGCAUGGGAACUUUUACCAUGGUAACGGUCACCAUAGCUCCUUCCAUGAAUCUCCAUCUGCCAUGUCUAAUUUUUCCAUGGAGUCUGAGCAUUCUAUGGAGUGCCAGACUCAUGUCCUGACACCUGGUGAGCUUUCAGCAACAAGGGGAGACAACUGGAAUUAUAGCACCUACUCCAGUGCCAUGUCAACAGGAUCAGACAGUUCACCAGCCAUUGGUUGGCGGAAAAACUCUGAGGGAGGAGAUCCAAUGAAAAUGCAAAAGGUGCGUAACCAAUCAGGGACCAAUAAAUCUGUGAGCUCUGUCGAAAGCUCGCAAAGUGGAGGAUCGGGAAAUAUGUCCACACACAGUGCUAGUCCAGGAAGCGGGAAAAGUGGUUCUUCAAUGGAGGCAGAAGGAAUGGCUGGUAACCUUGACAACACUUCCUCCUCCCUAGUUAGGGUCCAUACCGAUUACACACCGUCCAAGACGGAAGUGGACAUGCUGCAUAUCAAGAAAGGAGACAUUAUCUGGGUUGCCACAAAGACAGCAGGGGGCCUCUGGAAAGGUGUACUAAGUGGGAAGACGGGUUGGUUUAGGCCCUCAUAUACUGAAGCCUGUAGUCAUAGUGCCAGUGAAGGAAGCCAAAGAAGAACACCAAACCCACGGAGGACUCCGAGGAAAGCUAAACCCAGAACAGUGGAAGAGCUUCUAUAUAGACUAGGAUUAGAGAGUCUAGAAAAAGUCUUUCUUGAAAAUGGUUUUGAGCACCUGGAAAGUUUUGCCGACUUAAAUGAGAGUGACCUUGAUGCACUUGGCAUCAGGGACCCCCAGCAGAGGGCGAAACUUUUAACAGCAGCUGAACUCCUAUGUAGUGCUGAAGAUGAUGAAUUUCCAGAGGUAGGGAGCCAUAAUGGUUUGUCUAAUCAAGCAACCUUAUACUGUUACUCUCCUCGGCUAAUGACCUUCAGUGAUUGCCAUCACCGCACAUGCCCAGGAAGUAGGGACUCAGGUUGCUAUGGCAGCUGGGAGCAUCUAGGUCACAAGGAGGUUUUCAACAAGCAAGGUUACAUGAUAUCUGCAAAGAACCAGACCAGUCGUGUGUCUCCUCUACAAUACAACAAAGAGAAUCUUCAGCCAGUGAACCAGAACCGGACGGUGGGGGAGAUUCGGUACGUCUGCAGUCGGCAGGCCAACAGCAGUGGAAGAGGGAGUGCUAGCAGUGGAAGGACCAGUGUGGAGAACUGUGGAGGGGAGAGUCAGACCUCAGAUAUGGAACGAAGUGACAGAGACUUCACAGAGGAGGACAGGGAGGUUUGUGAGAUCAAUCAUAUGGUACGGAGAAGUGACCCCUCAUGUGUUCACCCUGGGGAACAUGUGACUCCAAGUGCUGAAGAGAAUUCUGUAUUUGGGGACUUCAUUGUUGUCAUGUGUUCAAAUGUUGGUACGCAGACUUCUUCUUCAUGUGAUUCUGAGGCAAGGUGCUCCAAGUUUACCAAUCAGGUGAAUGGACAUUCAUAUGGUGCUACUGACUGUGAAAGAUCAAAACCAUUUCCAAACAAGGUUGUUACAAAGUCCAGAAAUUCAAAGAAGGAUGCACAUGUUCAAGUAAUGUGCCCUUUUGGGCCCCUCUCUGUGUUUCCUGAGGGAGGCCAGAAUCAAUCAAGACAAGAAUGUGUUCAGAGACAAAGGGAAUCCAUAGGGGGUUCAUCAGACUCCACUCCCACUGGAGAACUUCAGGGAAGAACAUCUUCCCAAGGUGCCAUAUCAAAUCAAGAGGGACAAGUGCAAUAUAGUGAUAAACAAGUGCCAAAAAAUGGACCACAUUCUGUAGACAUUUCCAGACCGGUGUCAUCUCCCAUAGACUUCAGAAAUGUCAAGAAAUCUUUAGUGUCACUCAUUACAGCUAAGCUAGAUGAUGAGAAUAUCAACCUCUCACAAGAGCCAUAUUCUACAAAGCAAGGAGAAUGCCAGAUUCCACCCCUCCUAAUUCAGAGAUACUCUGAGGAACUGAAGCAAGAUGUGGCUAGUGUGUGUACUGUACUGGAGCAAGUGCGAGUGCACUCACUGACUUCCCAACACAAACCUGUGAUACAAAUGGAAAAUCUUGCGGAAAAAUGUUCCACUGGUUCUGAGCUCAAAACAUCCUCCAUUCCUGAUUUCCUCACCUCCAUUGGCCUUCCCAUGUAUACCAGUGCUGUGAUUGGACAAAAUUACAAAUACUUAGAGCAGCUUUUUAAACUAACCAAUCAGAAUAUCAGAGACAUAACUGGUGCAUCUCACAAGCAUGCCAAGAGGAUAGCACAUGCUUUGACAUGGGUGAAAAAGAAAAUGGCUUCCCAAGCUAGCAAUGACGAGACUGGGUUAAUAGAUAGAGUAUGAUAGAUGAUAACAAAUUUUCUAAGUAAAGAAAUUUUGAGAUGCUUUUACUCUUGGUAGUAUGUUGGUGCAAUUUUAAAUAUGUAUAAUUUAAAUACAUUGCUUUUUGUCCAGUACUUGAUAAGUGUGUUUUAUUCUUACAAGUAUAUAUAAUUUGUUUAACUGCAUGAAAGUUAUAAUUGUAUUGCAUGUUUGAAAUGUUAUACAGAACUUAGACAUUCACCAUUA